AUGACGACGUUCGCGACGACGACGACGACGUCCGGGGAAGAAGCGCCGCGGACGAGCACGAGCGGCGGCGGCGGCGACGAAGACGACGUCGAAAGGUCGAAAGUAGUGGAGACGCUGAGCUGGUCGCCGAGGGUGUUUUUGCUUAAAAACUUUCUCAGCGACGAAGAGUGUGAGCAUUUGAUCGAGCUCGGGGAGAAAAAAUUAGAGCGAUCGACGGUGGUGAACUCCGAUGAGUCGGGGGCGGUGUCGACGGCGCGCACGUCGUUUGGGACGUUUGUGACGCGGCGGUUGACAGAGACGCUGCAAAGGGUGGAAGAUCGCGUGGCUAAAUACAGUGGAAUUCCGUGGGAGCAUCAAGAACAGUUACAGUUACUGAGAUAUCGGGAUGGACAAGAAUACGUGGCGCAUCACGAUGGGAUUAUUAGUGAGAACGGAGGCAAGCGCAUCGCGACGGUGUUGAUGUUUCUACGAGAGCCAACAUCCGGUGGUGAGACGUCUUUUCCACAAGGAACGCCGCUCCCGGAGACAAAAGCAGCAUUUUUAGCAAACAAAGAUAAGCUGAGCGAGUGUGGUUGGAACGAUGGAAACGGUUUCAGCGUGAUACCGAAGAAAGGCGAAGCCGUGUUGUUCUUUUCGUUUCACAUCAACGGUACGAAUGAUCCAUUCGCCAAUCACGCGUCGUGUCCGACGCUUGGGGGCACGAAAUACACAGCGACGAAGUGGAUUCACGAAAAUCCGUUCGAAACUGGCACGGCUAAAACGCCGACUUGCACGGAUGAAACAGAAUUGUGCCCCGUCUGGGCGCAAGGUCACGAGUGCGAGCGCAAUCCCGUGUUCAUGAUGGGAGAAGAAAGCGUCGGCGCGUGCUCGAAAUCUUGUUGCGCGCGAGAUCGUUCAAAGUUGACCGACAUUCAAAAGUCAUUCUGCGUGCCGUGCGACAAAGUCACGGUUUAG